AUGGCGGCUGAUUCCAAGGAGCCCGAGAUCGAUUACUUCACCUACGUGGAAGGCAAUGAGACAGGGUUGGAAUGCCCCCAGAACUACUGUCCCGGAGGACUUCAUCCCGUUCACCUGGGCGAUUGUCUAGGGGAAGAUGGUCGCUAUCGCGUUCUGCAUAAGCUUGGAAGCGGUGGCUUUGCUGUUGUCUGGCUAUGUCGGGAUUUACAGCAUGAUACCCCCCGCUACGUUGCGGUAAAGAUCGUGAUGGCCAUGGAAUCAACCGAUAAAUGUCCAGAACUACAUGCAAUGAAAUUGAAGCAACUCGGCGUUGACCAAGAGAUCGGUGGGAGCUCCCUCUGCCUACCCUCCAACUAUUUUUGGAUUCAGGGACCAAAUGGGGGGCAUCUUUGCCUUGUCUACCCUGUUGCUGGACCGAGUGUUUCUAAGAUUGCUCGCGAUGCAAGCUCCUCGCGUGCUAUUUCUCGUCAAGUUGUCGAGGGAUUAGCAGCUCUGCAUCGGCAUGGGUUUUGCCAUGGAGAUUUCACUACAUCGAAUAUCUUGUAUCAGCUCACGAGCUUGGAUGGAUUUACUGAGAAUCAGGUCAUGAAAACCUUUGGUCAGCCAGUAUCAACAAGACUUUUGACGGAGUCUAUGACACCACCAAUCUUGCCAAAUACGCCGAAGUACCUCGUGUAUCCGAUCGAUUUCACCAAAGUUGAAUCAAGCCUGAUAAUGGAUAAAGUCUACAUCAUUGAUUUUGGGCAAUGCUAUGAAGCUUUAAACCCUCCUAAAUCUCUCGGUACUCCAGCAAGAUAUUGUCCCCUUGAACUAUUGCUGGACAACAAAAUUUCUGGCACCCCCUGUGACCUCUGGGCACUUGGCUGCACUCUAUUCCAGAUAUGCACCACAUGGAAGCUAUUCGACACGUUUGAAGAUAAUCUUGACGAUCGGCUGUACGAAAUUGUUCUUCUCCGCGGCAAGCUCCCAGAGCCAUGGUGGACAUCAUGGAAGUCUCGCAGUCAACAUUUCACGGAUGAGGUGGAUUCGAGUGGUUGUCCGGAGCGCGCGAAUAAAAUGACAAGAAGGAAGCGGUUUAGGUCUCUUCAGGAACAGCUUCUGUAUGGAGGGAAUGGAGCUCACCCGGUUCCUGUGGAUGAAGUAGAGGCUUUGGCAGAUUUGGUUGGAAGACUGCUGGCCUACAAUCCUUGGGAUCGCCCAUCGGCUGAGACCAUACAAAAGCACAAGUGGUUCAAGAUGGAUUGUAUUUCUAAUAAUUGA